GGACAUUGUGAGAUCGGACCAGGACGCCUGACACUCAGGAUUUCGGUACCGACAGGGUCAUGACCUCUCUCCCCAGGUGGAGAGGGACAGGUUUCGGGUCCGUGGAAACUGUGGCGUCAGAUGAUGACCACGACUCGCAGUGCUCCGACACAUCAACGGGAUCUGACCAAUCACAGGCUACCGUCAUCUCUAAUGUGACGUCAUCAACAAUACGUCAGUCUGAACAUGAGGUGAAAAUCAGUGAGGCAGAACUGGGCUGCCUGUCGUCAGAGGUGUGGAAGACACUUACCUGGCUACGACGAAGACGUUGCUGCCUCUCCCCCUCCCGAGUAUAUUCGGGGAUUCGCCCGGGAGCCCCUCCCACCUCGAUCAAGGAACUCAUACGAGAAGUCAAGGUGAAUCAAGGAUCUGUUGACCUUCUUUUGGAGAAAGGUCAAAGGUUCUUGGGGACAUUUCCAGACAUCAAACUUAAGGUUGAUCUGGAAAAUUUGGCAUUUUACUGGAGGACUUAUGUGAAGGAGCUGCAGUCGCUGGACAACCUGCAGACCUACUGGCUUUCCACAAGGAGGCUAGAGACCCAGACAGGCAAUCGCCACCUGCACCAAACUCAAGACUCGUCUGCUUUGUCUGACCUUGGUAAGAGGCCAAAGUGCAUCCCAAGGUCACAGAAAUGGAAGCAGUGUGUCUACAAAUAUGUUAAGUCUGUUGAGAAUUACAAAUCUCAACAGCAUCCACAAGCCCCAGUUACUAAGGUAAACAGGCAAACUCAUGAGAUUGCCAGCCAACCGAGCUCUUCAGUAACGGAAGAGCCGAAAGGUAAAGAAGCAUCUGGUAGCCAUUUUAUACCCAGCUUACAGGUUGGUUCCACUAUACGGAAAUCCACCUGUUUCUCCCACCUUCCAGACUUGUAUAAAUCCAGGAACCCUGUAACUACCCACCGAUUAUACAGCAGUAUGGAAGGUCUUCGCUCCGGACCCAGAUCGCCGCUUUCCGCUAGAAAAGGGGAGGGGAACUUACGCACCUUUUCACCCACUUUCGACAAGACUGGACUAAAGGAUAGGAAAAUCGGGUCAAAUCCUGAGCUAUCCUUUAUUCCAGACUCGCCUACCGAACCCAAGCGACGGAGAAUGGUGGACGACAUAUGGUCCAGUAAUGUCAGUAGCCAGGUUAGCAGUCGCUCACAUUCGCCCACACUUUCGAUAAAUUCUGAGACGACGCUGGAUGACAGCUACCUCAGUACCCCCGGUUGCUCACCAGCCGCCACCCUGAAGGACCAGUUCAAGAAGCGCUAUAGCAAGUACGAACUGACCAUUGAGUCGGACCUGAUGGAUCAGUGUCUGAUGGAUUAUGAUCUUCUGGAGGCUUGUAAGUCUACAGAAAGCGAUGAGGAGAAUAUUGGUGUCAAUGCCAAGGUUUCGUUGGCCGAGUUCCAGCAGCAGUACCGAGAGCUGUCUGAAUGGCUUGACCAGGUACUUCAGGUGACCAAGCGCACCAUGGGAACUUUGGCCCUGUCUGAGAAGUACCUCACACAGAUAUCAUCAAUGACAAGUUUGACAACCAAGUUUAGCUACCAUGAAGAGCUACUGAAGCAGUCCCCCCGCCACAAGCUCUUCAAUGAAUAUGCCAAGCAGCUGCUGCAGCGCCGCUCUGGCUUGAAAGGGGAGAUAAUGAAAUGCCUGAACCACGUAAACAGCCAGUGGGAGGUGGUGGAGAAGGCCGUGUCCUGUAAGGACAUUUGGCAGGAUAAGGAAACCAUGCUCAAAGAUCUUGAGGCGGACAUUGUGUGCCUGAGAAAAUGGCUGGAUGGAGUUGAGCACAGUCUGUCAACCUUCCAAAAACCUAAUUUCACUGAUGACGAGCUACACAGGAAACUCCUGGAGCAUCAGGUUCUCCAGAGGGAUAUUGAGUCUCACUCCAGGAAUGUCAAUGCGGUGCUGAAGCUGAGUGAGCACCUGCAGGAUGAAGCUGCGGUUGAACGGGUGUUGGACCACAACCGUCUGUACCUGGAGCGCAGCGCCAACACACUCCAGCAACGAUGGCACUCCGCUUGGCUCCUCUCUCUAGAGGCCCAAUGUAGACUGGAAAAUGAGUUGAAAACAAAAAAGUUUACAUUUCCGUCCCCAAUUCUCGGCAGUAAAUGGAUCCCAGAUCUGCUCAAAUUUGACAGUGACUUCCUGGGGGGUAAUGUGAGUGGGUCCGGCUUUGACGACAGCUUUGGCCUCCCAUUACGCCAGGCAGACGUAGCUGACUCGCCACUUUUAGACGAUAGCAGUUUUGGCCUUGACCGUAGCAGCUUCGGCCUUGACCACAGUUCAGAGAACCAGAGUGGAAAGGACAGUGCGGUGGUGAGCGAGGUGGAGGGUAAAAUGUCCUCAGAGUACAGCGACUCUGACCUGGACAUGUUAAAACACCACCGCCUUAAGUCCGACUCCCGGGACAUCGGCUACAGCAGUGGAACCACAGAGUCACUCGGCCACAUCAGCACAGAAAGUGACUGUGAGGACAUCAAGAAACUUAUUGCUGGAGCAGAGCGUCUAGUUACACCUGAAAGAUCAAGUGUCGGAAACAAGCAGCACAAAGAGGACAAUUCAUGUGAUGCGAGUAGUGAGGAAAGUGAUGGCGGAUCGGAUGUGUAUUCCACCGCCAGUGAUGAUGGCAGUAAACAUGAAGCCAUGUUUGACAGUGUCCUUGGACUGGAUUACAAUUCUGAUGCGUCACUACCUCAGAAUCUUCCAGCAUUCCACAACACUGUGAAACUUCGGCAGCGGAAAUGCAGAAAGGACCGACCUUGGAGCGCCAUACAGCUUACAGACAUAGGAGAUGACUUUGACAUAUCGUCACUGUCUCGGUCAGAGACAGCCAUUGAUCGCCUUAGUUAUGGAAGUGAGCACCUGUCGGCCAAUAACAAGCUGGGUGGCUCCGCUGCUACCUUCCCUCGUGCUGGAGCAAAGCGCAAGCUGUACGAGUCCAGUCAGACAAGUCCUCCUGAGGGAAGUGUGUUUGACUCUAGUGAGUCUGAGACAGAGAGCUCAGCCUGCUCUGAUGAUUAUGAGACGGCACAAACUGACAUCCUGGUGUCCGAUGAGGAAGAUGGUCUCAACAGUACAGCUUCUGUCUCAGAACCAGCGUGGGAUAACUACCACCAGGUAUAUAUGUCCAUGGGGGAGGAUCAGGAGGAGCAAACGUUGAGAUGGAACCAGCUUGAGGAGGAUCUUGAGUUUGACGAAAUCUACCCCUCCCCUAAAAACGUAUCCCUGGUCUCCGCCGAAAUGGAACGAAGGAAAAAAGAAGGAAAGAGUAGACCUCGCCUGGUGACCCAGAGCAGUCGUCAGGGAUACGACAGUGACUCGGAUCUAGAGGAUUUACACUACUUCCUGGACGACUCGGCCAGUCAACUGAAAAUAACUGACCACUGCCUUAAGAAACGAAGAAAAGACCAGUUCAGGACAGGCAUUGCUAUGAACUCCCACAAAUAUGCUGAAAUCAUUGCUACCUGUCAAACAAAUAUAAAUUGUCUACAAAGUGUCUACAACCACCUGCCAGCCGAGGCCACAGAGUCACAACUAGAGAACUUAAAAGACAUGCUGUACCAGUGGGAAAAGCUACAUGCCUUCGCGUGUGAGCGUCAGCAACAGUCGCAGGCGUUGUCCAAUAUGUGUAAGAGUAUGAGCAACGUGCGGACUGGUCUACAGAGCUGUGAGGUGGAGGGCACGCCCCAACGAUUCUCCUCAGUCACUCAGGUGGAACAAAGUCUCAAGCUAGCAAAGAAAAAUCAUGUAGUGCUUCAAAGUGUACAACAAACCAUCAGGGAUUUGUACAAAACGGGUCAGGGUUUCCAGCAGGAUCACCCAUCCAUCAAUCUGGACGUGUUUGUAGAACAACUGAAGCAGGCUGACCUUGUGUCCAGUCUCAAGCUGGAAAGAGUGAACCAGGACCUGCCCGACAUACAGCAAAUUCACAACCUGUGGAGUGAGUAUGUCUUGUUACGCGGCCAGCUCAAUGGUUUACUGACAGACGGAUUUACAGAGGAGAAUUUGGACCUCCAGGACCCAAAUGGACCUCUAUAUAAGGUGGAUCAGAUGAUAUCCCGACUGCAGGCCCUCCGUGGCCAGUUAUCUCCCUUUAUUGAUGAGGUGACCAAGGUGGAAAUGACCAUGUCAAUGGCGGAAAUCCAUGAGCAACUGUGUAAGGCCCAGAAACACUGUCGACAGCUGGAACAGCUGGCAGUGUUUGGAAACUCACAGGAAACUAUGGAGCAAACUGAUAUUAAAACAACUCUGGCAGCAAAUCCAGCAUGUAUUCCUUCAUCAUCCACAUCAUUAUCAUCUUCUUCCUUAUCUUCUUCCUCAUCUUCAUCUGCCUCCUGGCUGAAGUCAGGUUAUGUGCGAGCAGCCGCUGUGUUCAUGAUGAUGGGUGUGGCCUACAUGGUCGACCCAGAUCUCGUCAAACGUAUUGGAGACUUUAGUGUCAAUGUCACCCCAGAGCUACGAUACGUCAAUGGCCCACCUCCUGUGUAGUAAAUGUUGUAAUAUAGUUCUUUGUGUUAAGAUAUAAAAUACCACCAUGACAGACAUUUAAAUUUCUUGCAAAAAAGUUUCAUUUAUUGAAUUAGAAUACAUCUUUUAUGGACAAAAAUAAGAAAAAUAUCCUUCAUUUUUAAGUGACAUUGAGUUGAUAAAUAGAAUCCAUAAAUAUUGACCAUAUGUAAAUUUUCAUUCAUCAAUUUUAUGUAGAAUAAAUAACUGGUUUUGAAUGUAUAUACAUGAUAUUUAGGUUGUUUGAGGGAUUAAAGUGGGUUGGUUGGGUGGGGUUGUUUGAUUAUCGAAAGAAAAUAUUUAUAAUAUUUGUGGUAUUUAUAAUAUAUUGUACAAUUGUUUUGAGUAUGUAAAUAUUACAUAUAAAAUAUAAUCUAUUGUUUUAUUUAAGGUAUUACUCAUGAUUGUACACACAUAUCAACUGUAAAUGCUUAAUGCAUUGUUAAUAAGAACUAAGGAAAUUAAUAUUCAUUAGAUAUGAGUGAUACAUAAUUUAUUCCACUGACUACAAUAUUAAAGAUGUAGAUAGGAUUAUAAAAUGUUUUACGUACACUGUAAUAUGGGCGAGGAGAUUGAAUCUAUUCCUCUAUACAUAGUGUACAUUCUGUACAGGGUUUUAGUCUGUCGUGGUGGUAUUUUAUAUAGUGUAACACUGUAUAGUAUCUCAUUGGUACCUGUCCACUGUGGGAUGUUUCCUGUCAGCAGCAGUACCAGAUGUAUAAAGGCAGCUAUUUAUAUAAUAUUGAUAUCACAUGGACACAGUGAAGUGACUUGCGCUCGUGACGGACCAGGAGUUUGUGAUUCUCUGUAAGACACAAAUAUCUACGUACCACAACCCACAGGACAGACGACUUUUAUCACACAUGUGUCACAGGACAAGUGUUAAUGUCAUGUGACCUUGUGGUACCUUUUUUCAAGGUCAUACGUGAAUGUAGUGACCUGUUUAAAGUGCUUCUACCACUGAGAAUGACGGUACAGGAUUAUUCUUAUCCUUAUAUACUUGUCACUCAUGUGUCUAGAAAUACAUGUGCUAGGAGGAAUUUAACAUAUCUGUGGAACAUUUAUUUUCACACAGAGACUGUUGUUGUUGUAUGGAGCAAUGAUAACCGAUACCAAGAUUGGUAGUGUUAUUAUGGAGUUGUUAUCAUGCUGAUAACUAAAUUUGAUAACGGAUACCGUGAAAGGUGUUGCUAUUAUGGAGUUGUUGUAUUAUACUGAUAACCAAUACCAAGAAUGGUAGUGUUAUUAUGAAGCUGUUAUCAUGCAGAUAACCGAUGGAUAUAGAGAAGGUAUUCAUUAUGGAAUGGUUAUCACACAGAUAGCUGAUCCUCUAAGGGAUACCAGUUACCUGUAAUAUAUUGCAGUGCGUGUUGAGUUUUUAUAACUUCAUGUACAGACAAUGUUAUAUAACUUCACAUGUAAUAAAUACCAGGAAAAUUGGACUGCAACAAUGGAAUGUAGUGCAGUACCCACAACAACCAGUUCAAGUUGAUGUUGGAGAAAAUACCCUUGGACUACCUGGAUUAAAGAGUACUAUUCAAGAGGAAUAACUCUUAUAUGAAAGGAAAAGGAAAUGAAUACCCAGGACAUUUCUAGGAGCAUUAUGAUCAGACCUAGCCUACCUGAGUACCUACCUUGAGUACUUUGUGUUGGUUGUAAUUGAGUUAAUGUAAGUUGGAGGUCAUCGUAAGUUUAAAGAUACAUUAAAGAGGUGAAAAAUACCUGAAUGGACAUGCAUAAUGAAAAAUAUCGGUGGGAAAGGCAAUUAAUCUGUAAAAGAUUUAUAUCUAUACAUACAUAUUGCAUAUAUGUGUCAUCUUCAUCAUUCUAAAAAGUGAUAACUGAUGUAUAGGUUAAGGUCAACAGAGGUCAAGGUCAUACUCUUUUGUACAUAAUACUUGUGGUAGGAAUGAAGAAUUAUAUAUGCACAAUACAUGGUUAUGGUGCCUGCAUAGGGUCACUGACUGACCAAUGCAUGUAUGUAGCUUAACGUAUAACCAUGCUAAUGUCCAGGGCCUGCUUGUCCAGCUCAGAUCAGUGUUAAUAUACUGUGUCUAUAUAUUAGUAAAGAACAGCGUACUCGGUUUAUAAUUUGAUUUGAAAUUUUGCAAAUUCAAUUUGAACUUAGAAAGAUAAUUUCAUGAUGUUACUAUAAAUGUACCAUGAAAAUUUUAUCAUACGUGAUAUUUAAGAAUGCUGUGUCUUUAAGAAAUAUUUCAAACUUGAGACUUAAGACAAUAAUUUAAAAUAUGUUAUCUAUUUGCAACCAAUAUGAAACAUAACAAGUGCUUGAUGAUUACUGUAAACUUGUAAUCCUAAAAUAUUGUUGUGUAUGUAGUGGAGGCGGAGUGAUAACAUUACUGUAGACAUCAGUUUAACACUGUAACAGAGAGUUGUGACAGGUAGGCCCUGUCGUCAGUGAGCCGUUAGGUAGUCAGGUCCUGUGUCAGUUUCAAUACAAGAUCUCACCCUGUUCAUACCUGCUUUUUAUUAGGCUUUAUUUUAUCACAAUGUUGAAAGGAAUUAUUUAAUAUUCUCUUACGUAAACAAACAAAUCUGGAAUUUAAAUAAAAAGUGAAAGGAAAUUGCAUUUUAUAAAUCAGUGCCAACUUUUAUUAUGACAUUUUAAAAUCUAGUAUCAUUCUGUCCAUUGAAAUAAAUGAGGAUGGGAAUACUCACUGGAAAUGUCCGGUAUGCACACUUUCAGACCUUAUAGAAAAUGACAAUAAUAGGGCAGUUGUAACGGGGUGAUUUCUACUGUGAUGCUGUGCAUGAUGUUGUUGUGUGUUAUAUUUGCUGUGAUGUAUAUCCUAUAACUCGGUGGUAACACACAGUCCUACUCAUCUCUCAUUUCCAUACAUUCUUCAUAAUUAAUCCAGUUCAUAUCUCAGGAAAUUAUUUUACUGCAACAAAUAAACUCAAAUUCAUUCUAUAUGCUGCUACAAGUUAAAUAAUUGAAAGGCAGGGAAUGUAAAACUACAAUACAUAGGACUUUUUUAUUUCAAGAUUGAUCAUGUUUUAUUCAGUUCCAUCAUGCAUAAAUUUGGUUCUUUUUUUGAAAGUUUAAUAGAAAUCACAUUAUCUCAAUCGAAAUGACAAAAUGUGAUGCUAUACCGUCCCAAAAUAAUGAAAAUAUCAACCAUUUGUCUAUAGUAAGGCAGCUUAUAAGUAAUAAAUACACAUGGUGUGAUACAAACCUACAAAUACAGACACUUUGUUCAUAGUGACAAGUCUGCUGCUCAUUUUGAUAUAAAUUUAGUGCUUUUUGUUUGUCUUUUCCCAGUUAUUUUCUAUCAACCCUACAUUCCGAAAAAUUGAAAUCCUGUAUGGUUUAUUAUUAAACUGAGAUACAUAGAUAAUUCUAAGAGAAAUCGAGAAGAUUUUUGAAGUUACACAAAAAACCAGUGAUCAUGGAUAUGAACCUACAUUUAACACAGCAGACAUAUCCUGCAGGGCAAUGUAUCUUUUUAUGUGCAAUCUCUAGUUUCAUUUUGCAUACAUAAUGUAUCAAUAUUUGGAAUGUGUUGUACUGAGCUUACGUAUAUCUGGUUUCUUUUGAUGUAUAUCUGAAGCUUGACAUGCACCAGAAUUAUUUUAUUUUUAUAUAGUUAAAUCAGUUAUAUUUAAGUUGUGCCUGGUUCUGUAAAAAUCUUUCGGAGUCAAAAGACAUGGCAGUUUUACUGUUGUUACAUUAACUAAUAAGUUAUAGCUUGGUUAUUUUCAAUUAUGUCAAUGUCAUUCAGGUCAUUUGAUGUUUAAAUUCAGAAUAUCGACGAUAUUUUGUCAUUUGAAAAAAUGUGUUGAGUUUUAUUGAUUGUAGACAUUUUACUGUGAUAAGUUUGUUAUGAAACGAAAAUUUAUGAUUCUCUUCCAAUAAUUUACAGUGGUAUAUUAUGGACUUCAGUAAUUAAUCACUACUUGAAAUAAAACUAAGUUAUCUUGAACUAAAUUAUCUGAGCAGGGAAACGUGCAUGAUAUAUUGUGUUGUGAAAUUAUUUAUUUUAAAUAUUUACGCAAAUUCUUAUUUUUAUUUUAAGAUUUAUUUGAUCAAGUUUGUAUGUUGUUUCCCUGUGUUGUUUGAUGAUUACUGGGUAUUACUUUCAGGUUGUUCAUGAUGAAAUGGCUAUCUCGCUGUACUUGUUAAGCCAUGGUGAAAUGGCUAUCUCGCUGUACUUGUUAAGCCAUGGUGAAAUGGCUAUCUCGCUGUACUUGUUAAGCCAUGGUUAAGUCCUAAGCUCACUUACUGGUGUUGUAUGAUGCCCAGUGGCAUCCUUAGACUGAUAUUACAAGAAUCCAUAUUAUACUUUCAAAUGAUUUGCUGACCAGAAAUGGUCAGAGUUUGAUUGACCAUAUUGACCAAUAAUUAAUACAAUAUCCAAUCCUAUUUGCCCAUGCUGAAAUAACAAGACAACUGCAAAUAUAUAUGCAUUACAUUAUAGACGUAUUUUUAAACACCCGAAAUCAACUGAUUAAAUAUGAAACAAUGAAAGUGAUAAUUAAAACACUUCCGUUGUAGGUGUUAAAUUAUUGUCUUAAUACAUGAUGUGUUGGCUUAUUGUCUUGUUCUAUUUUGCAGAUUUCUUCCAACGAAAACAUAAAUUAGCCAAAAGUGCCAUGUGUUCUAAAAACAGUAUCAGUUUGCUCCAUAACAUAGCGUUUUACAAGUGACUUUACAUGUUUUUGAAUGUUAAGAGUUGUGAAACUACAUAUUUUUAUGUAUGUUGGAUUUCAUUUUCUCUCUAAACACGUUAUGAUAUUGUUGAACAUAUACAUGUACAACUAUUGUAGAAUAAUUGAAAUGUCUUAAGUUGUGACAGAAAGAUUCCAUACAAGUUGAAGUGUAUUUGAUGUAAAUGGUCAUGUUGAUGCUCAGGAUGAACUUACAACAGUUAAAUAUCAGAAUUGAGCAUGAAAUUGGCUUUUGAUCAACCAGAGGAUAACAUCUAUAUUAAAGAAAUAGGAAUACCAUGACCAAUGAAAUCCCAUAUACUAAAAAAAUCAAGUUUCACAAUUUUUCAUACUCAUUAUUAUUAAUCAUGAUUUAAUAUGCUACUGGAUUGAAGACAUGUUGAAGGUAAGUGUUUGUUUAUGUAAAUAUCCCUGUUGGUAAACAAACGGAACAAAUCAUUUACCUUUGUAAUAAGUGCUACGUACAUUUCUACUUGCGUGAGAGUAUAUUUUUUAUCUACAGCGGUUUAUUCACUGACCAAUAAGUUAUAAAUAUUUCUAUUUUAAAUCCCAAAAUGAAAGACCAAGAAAUACGUUCUGACCAAACACCACUUUCAGAAAUGUUAGAAUUUAUUUGAAUUUGAAGCUUUAAAGAUAUCUGGUGUUCGUUGUAAGCUCUCACAGAAAUAUGAUGAGGUGUCUUAUUACGCUUCAUUGAACUUGUUUCUUAGUCAUUUAAUUUAAAGAAAUGUAUUAGGGUUGAAAAGGGGGAUAGUUUGUGACAAGCAAAAAUGAGGGAAAUCAUUCGAUGAUAAAAUUAGCAUUCCACCAUUGAAUUGGAGGAACAAAUACACCCUAAUACAUUUGUAAUGUAUGUAUAUAUUACUGUGGGUAAAAUCACAAAAAAAAUAAUAGAUAGCUAUAUAUAUUUGAAUAUUUAAUGUGGAAAAUGGUAAUAAAAUCAGCUUUUAUUAUUGCAAUCACCGGUUUUUAAAAAAGGAAAAAUAAAUUUUAAUAUUGAAAAAAUUCUAAAAGUUUCAAAUGUACUAGUACUUUUAUAUCUGCAUAAUGGUAUAAUAAAAUUAUACUAAAUUCACAAGUAUUCAUUUGUUUAGAUUUUGGAUACUGUUUGUUAGGAAGUUUUAAAGAAAACAAUAUUAAUGGAAAGAAAAUCGGUCAGAAAAUAAACAAGAUGCUCUUCAA